AUGUCGCCAAUCCUUUGCAAUCCCUGCGCUGGUUUUCUGCAGCAAGCAAUGAUUCCAGAUCCAACUGGAAUAUACUCACAUACUAUGAGUCAACGAUGGCGUUUACGGUCGAACACUGGUCAUCUGCUAUCGGAAGACUGUGAGCUUUGUGCUUUGAUUCGGGCGGCGUUGAAUGGGGGUGAAAAUCGAGACCUUUCCCCACUGGAAGCAAUGCGACAAAACGAGCGGUGGAAGUCACGAGUUCUGGACCACGGCAAAAAUGGGAAGCCAUACCCGCAGCUGACUGUCCGAUUUUUAGAGGGCUGUAAUUUAGUAGGAAAUCGAAAGGAACGCUUUAGGAGAGCUGGAAUUGCUGGGUUACAUGUUGAGAUUGCGAAAGUGGGAGAAUCCAGAACGGGGUAUCACCGGGGACAUUUAAAUUUUUAUGCCAGUGCUGGAAGUCCCGCUGCUAAAUCUGGAAGAAUCGUAGGCCAGCCACCCCUUCCUACUGGUGAUUCUGCAGAAGCGCUUGCUCGUCUACGCGCUCAGUUCGAGCAGUGCUUGGCUUCUCACGCCGAAUGUAGAGGUGGCAGGCCAGCCGAGGAUUUACCGAUGCUCCCUACUCGUGUUAUUGAUCUUGGCCAACCAGGAAUUUCGGAUACUCCCCGUCUCCUGGAGACUCUAGGGCUACGAGCUCAUUACACAGCUCUCAGCCACUGCUGGGGUUCUACAGAAAAUCGACCGCUUGUAACGACGAAACAGAAGCUUUCGAAGCAUUGCCUCCGAAUUGACGACGUUCCGAAAACAUUCGAAGAUGCUUUUCUCGUUACCCGAGCGCUCGGUCUCCGAUACAUCUGGAUUGAUUCUCUAUGCAUUGUUCAGGACGACGAUGAGGACUGGACGAGAGAGUCUCAGGUAAUGGGGAAGAUUUAUGAACGAGCUCAGGUGACCAUCGCUGCAUCUGAUGCCUGGGACUCUACGAGAGGGCUGUUUGUGACCUGCCCUUCGCUUCCACCUCCUUUGGAGAUUCCUUUCAUUGAUCCGACAUCACGAGAGCGACAAGGGUCUUAUUUCAUCUCGUUGCCAGCCUCCUUUGGUAAUAUUGACCCAGAAGAAAGUGUGCUCAAUUCAAGAGCAUGGGCCACACAAGAAUGGAUGCUUUCACAUCGGAUGGGUCAUUUCCUUGCUGGAGGCACUGUCUGGCGAUGUAAAAGCCUCCACCACACUCGAUUCGAGUUGCACACUCCCGUCAAAGAUGCAGAUUUUGGUGUCCAUGAAAGUGGCUUGAUUUGCUAUCUAUCUAAGCAAAAUCCAAAAUGGGAGGAUCUCGUAGAACAGUUUACAAAACGAAACCUGACCAAGCCGAAAGAUAGACUCUACGCGUUACAAGGACUCGCAGACAUGAUAGGGCAAGGUAGGGAAGAUGACUACUAUUUUGGCUCGUGGUCUGCAGACAUCGUUUCUCAGCUUCUGUGGAUAUGCACGGAUGAGGUUAGAAGCACUAAAGCUGUACUGCCAAAAGUACCGUCCUGGUCUUGGAUGUCCACCCAGGGCCCUGUCCGUUUUUGGCGGAAGGAUAUCUUGAAGAUUGCGGGAUCUAACAUCUGCCAAGAUGUUGAAAUUACUAGCGACGCAUCAAUUCGAAUGACCUGCCGCUUCAACAAGAUCGGUGAAUUAUGGCCAUAUAUGCUUGAAAAAUGGGACGCAAACGAUAAUUACGACUCAAGUCCGAGAUACAGCUUUCCUACAUCCAUCAAAAGAAUGCAUUUGGAACUCCUCCCUAUUCGACCACUGCACUAUUUCCUCGAAACCAAUAUUUCUAGUUUAUUGGCAUUUUUUGACACAGGGCUUGCUCCAGAUGAACCGGUGUACUGCGCCUGUCUGUUUUCCGAGGGCGGAGAUCAAGAUGACCAGUCUCCAAUUAUCAAUCUUUUGCUUCUACGUGAAGGAGAGGACGGCGCUUUUUAUCGGAUCGGUGUUGGAAUAGCGUUGUUGUUUGAAAAGGGAUUUGGAACUGGGUCUUCGGGCUUUGGAGAGACUUUUCGCCGCAUUGAAAUACGUUGA